CCUGUCACUAAUGAGCGCUGUGUCCCUGUACAUCCCGCGCGCCUACACCACAUGCGACGCCUUGAGAGUUACGUACCUGUCGCUGGCAAUGAGUCACUUUAUGGAGCUCACCACGGCUAUGUUUGAGAGCGAGGAUCAAAUGGCAGCAGAAUUCAGUGACAAACACUUCACUCUCUCAGUUGGGCCUAUCUGCUGUUGCUGCCUGUGUCUCCCUUCCCCUGCUGUGACCAAGACGCGGCUGCGGUGGGUGCAGAGGGCGCUGUGGCUGCUGCCCUACACACAGCUGGUGUGUUUCGUGGUGCGCAUCGUCUGGACCAUCGCCAGCACAGACCACUACGGCAGGGUGGGCAGGCACUUCACCAUGGUGUGGGUGGCUGCUCUGAGCUUCCUCACAAUAAUGUUGGGUGUAUAUGGAAUGAAUAUUGCUGUCGCCCUCUGCCGCACCGCCCUCGAACACUACGGAUACCAGAGAAAGUCGUUUUCUUUGAAGGUGCUGGUGUUGGUGACCCAAGGCCAAAGUAUCAUUAUGGACAUCCUCUCCGCCGCCUCCGUCUUCCCAUGCCACUCCCCGCACAUCUCCUCUAAGGUCGUCAGGCAGAUCCUGGAAAACUCCCUGUACCUGGUAGUGAUGCUGGUGAUUGGCGUGUACACCUGGCGAACCUACACGAACCUCCAGCUACAGACCAGGGCCAAGGAAGAUGGAGGAUCGGAUCCCCUUCCCGUGGUGGAUAAGGAAUCGGAUACUACAACAACUGAGAUCGGAUCCUAAGUUGACGCCAUUCCUUAAUCUUAAUCUUAAUCUUGCUUCUGAGUCUCAAUA